AUGACGCUGUUGGCUGAAGACAUUGCGUUCCACUCCAACAUACCUGUUCCACUGGACAUAACUGUAGCUGUGGUCUACCUUUUCUUUGGAGUAUUCUCAUUGUUUGGCAACAGCACAUUGCUGUAUGUCUGCUACAAGAAAAAGCAGCUCCUGAAGCCUGCUGAAUACUUCAUCAUCAACCUCGCUGUUAGUGACCUGGGCCUCACUCUGUCUCUUUACCCCAUGGCGAUAACUUCAAGUUUCUACCACAGGUGGCUGUAUGGGAGAACAGUGUGCUACAUAUAUGCAUUUUGUGGCAUGUUGUUCGGCCUCUGCAGUCUGACCACGCUUACCCUGCUGAGCAUGGUAUGCUUUGUGAAAGUGUGUUAUCCGCUCUACGGAAACAGGUUUAACUCUUUUCACGGCCGUCUGCUCAUUGCCUGUGCUUGGGUCUACGCCCUGUUGUUUGCUUGCUCCCCACUGGUUCACUGGGGAGAGUAUGGACCGGAGCCAUAUGGGACCGCCUGCUGUAUUGACUGGCGCCUGUCCAAUCAGCACGUCUCAGCGCGCUCAUACACCGUGGUGCUGUUCAUCUUCUGCUACAUCCUUCCAUGCUGUGUCAUCGUUGCCUCCUACACAGGUAUCCUGGUCACUGUGCAAGCAUCCCGCAAGACCAUGGAGCAGCACGUUUCAAGGCAGACACACAUGAGCAGCAUUCAGAUAAUUAUUGUCAAGUUAAGUGUAGCAGUCUGCAUUGGUUUCUUUGCGGCGUGGAGUCCAUACGCCUUGGUGUCCAUGUGGGCUGCCUUUGGACAAAUUGAAAACAUCCCGCCACUUGCUUUUGCAAUGCCAGCCAUGUUUGCCAAGUCCUCCACCAUCUACAAUCCAAUCAUUUACCUAAUGAUGAGACCGAACUUCCGCAGGAUCAUGUGCAGAGACCUGGGAACACUAUGCCACACGUGUUGGAAGAGCUGUGUCUGCCCUAAGUGUUGCUCAAAGACAAAGUUAAAGAUUAGUCUUCGUGCGAACCACAGACGAACCAGCCAGUUCCCUUCAUCCGUGUCGUCUCCUCAACCGCCUAUAAUGACUGUGAAGGAUGACAGCUGUCAGAGGUGCAAAGACAGUUUUGACUGCUACACGCACUACCCUAAACUGUGUGGUGUCACCAACCCGGCAGCCAACAGGGAUUCAAAGGAUCAAGACAUUGUUGCCUCUCAAACAUUUAAUCAGAUCUCAGACAACGAGGGUCCAAAGAAGUCCCUGAUAGCCACAAUAAAGACUUCAGAGACAAAAAACUUCCAUAUUAAUAUAGAGAUGCUCCCAAGGCCCACUACAGAGGCUUGGCCCUGA